AUGAAGUUAACUUUAAAGAACUGCCGGAAUAUAGUUAAAAGUCUAGAUUUUUAUUCACAGUUUAACCCCUCACCUUUAUCAAUCAAGAAAUUUAUUGAUUUUGGGUUAAACGCUUGUGAGCAUCAAUCGUUCCUAUUUCUUCGCAAUGAACUUCCAAUUCGUUUGGCGAACAUUAUGAAAGAAAUUUCAUUACUGCCUGAAAAACUGUUACAAAUGCCGUCCGUUGUAGCCGUCAACGAAUGGUACAAGAUGAGUUUUCAAGAUAUAUUGGAAUUCGAAAAGCAGGAAGCUGACAGCAAAACUUUGUAUCACUUUUGUGACACAUUGGUGAAAAUUAGAAAUAGGCAUUCGGACGUAGUAGAGACGAUGGCACAGGGAGUUAUAGAAUUAAAAACAUCGCAUGAUAUUGAUUAUCAAACCGAACACAGUAUUCAGUACUUUUUGGAUAGGUUUUACAUGUCUAGGAUAUCUAUCCGAAUGUUGAUAAAUCAACACACCUUGUUAUUUGGGGGGCAACUAGAAAGUGCACCAGGUCCGAAUAAAAGCAAAUACAUCGGUUGUUUUGAUCCUAACUGUGAUAUUAUUGAAGUUAUAAAAGACGCUUAUGAAAACGCCAGGUUCCUUUGCGAUCAGUACUAUCUUGCAUCACCUGAACUUAUAAUAAGACAAUUUAUACAUAACGAUAUACCACACGAAACAAAAAUUACAAUGGUUUAUGUCCCGUCACAUCUUUAUCACAUGCUCUUCGAAUUAUUUAAAAAUGCCAUGAGGGCAACCAUGGAAUAUCAUAACGCUGUGGAAAAGUAUCCACCCAUUACAGUUAUUGUAAGCAAGGGAAAGCAGGACAUUUGUUUGAAGAUGUGUGACAAAGGAGGCGGUAUUCCACGUUCCUCUCAUGACCAUUUAUUUAAAUACAUGUAUUCGACUGCCCCGCAACCUAGCAAAUCUGAUUCACACACUGUUCCCUUGGCGGGAUACGGUUAUGGGUUGCCCAUUUCGCGAUUGUAUGCUAGGUACUUCCACGGUGACUUAAACCUUCUUCCAUGUGAAGGUUAUGGUACUGAUGCUAUUAUAUAUAUGAAGGCGUUGUCUAACGAAGCUAGUGAAUUAUUACCCGUGUUCAACAAGUCUGCAUCCAAAUACUACAGAAAUGCAUUACCAUUAGGCGACUGGUCUAACCAUAUGACGUCAGUUGGUGACCGUGUCGUUACUGUUAAUAACAAAAAGAAACCCUCACAAGAGCACGAUGCCAAAAAAGCUGGUGCUAUUAUUUAGCUUGAAGACGAAGACGAAGAAGACAAUACAUAUUAGUAAUAGAAUUAAAUAAUAUGGCCAGAAAGUAAUAAUAA